AUGACCGAUUACAACAAAGGUUGCAAAAUUACCCUCUACUGGCUCGAACAGUCCCGAAGCCAUCGUAUCCUUUGGCUCCUUGAGGAACUCAAGCUCAACUAUGAGCUGAAAACAUACAAGCGACGCGCCGACAAGUUGGCGCCUUCGGAGUUGAAAAAGGUGCACCCGCUUGGCAAGUCCCCUGUGGUCACCAUCGAGGCUCCAGGAGCCGAGAAGCCUCUCGUUCUGGCCGAGUCUGGUGCCAUUGUUGAGUACCUCUGCGAUCAUUUCGGCGACACGCAACCGUCGCUCGUCCCCGAGCGCUACCAAGCAGGUCGUGAGAACCAGCCCGGUGGAGAGCGCGAGGAAUGGUUACGUUACCGCUAUUACAUGCACUAUGUUGAAGGCACGCUCAUGCCGUACCUGGUCAUGUCCCUGGUCAAUGACGCUGUUCGAAAUUCACCACCCUUCUUCCUGCGCCCCAUCACGGGCCUUGUGGCCUCGCAAGUGGAAGCGUCGUUCCUGACUCGCAAUAUCAACAGCAACCUGGCGUUCUUGGAAGAGCAGUUGAAGACCGCUCCAGAGGGUGGUCCCUACAUUUGCGGUAAGGAGCUGACUGCAGCAGAUAUUCUGCUCAGCUUCCCCGUGAUCGCUGGCAGUGGACGUCUCUUGAAGGAUGAGGAGCAGAAAGCCAAAUAUCCUCUUCUUCUUGCUUAUGUCCAACGACUGGAAGGAUCCGAGGGCUACAAGAAGGCCGUUGCCAAGGUGGAGCAAGUGGAGGGUAAAUUCUCGGCCUCUAUGUGA